AUGACUGACCCGCCAAGUGACUGUCGGGUCGGUGCCGGCGGCGGCGGCUCCACGUCCGCGGACAGGAGCCUCGCUUGAAUAUUUUACAAGUCUGCCUUUCAAAUGGAAGCGGGCGGCUUCGUGUCACAGCGACCUUCUCUAGACACGCCGGGCGUCGAUAAACGGGUUGCAGGGGUCGCCGGCGGCGCAGACGUUCGAUGGCUGGGCGGCACAUUGCUGGGCACCUCGGGAGGAUUUGUCAGUGGGUUACCCGCGAAGAUGUCUGGAGAGCAGGAUUUUACCCCGGUUUUGCAUCGAGCUGCCGUGGAGUCCUCGCCCGAGGUCGACUAUGAGGGGUUGCCUCAGGGAGCCACCACCGGUACUCACAUGCUGGCCGGUGCCGUGGCUGGAAUCAUGGAACACUGUCUUAUGUACCCCAUCGAUUGUGUGAAGACUCGCAUGCAGAGCUUGCGGCCCGAGCCCAACGCGCGCUACCGCAACGUGAUGGACGCCCUGAGGCAGAUCGUGCGCACAGAGGGAAUUUGGCGACCGAUCCGCGGCGUCAAUGUGCUGGCGGUGGGCGCCGGACCCGCCCACGCACUCUACUUUGCCUGCUAUGAGCGCAUCAAGUUCACAUUGAGCAAUGCCAUCCACCCAGGCGCCAACAGUCACUUUGCUAAUGGAGUGGCUGGCUGCAUGGCCACUGUAAUCCACGAUGCCAUGAUGAACCCGGCUGAAGUGGUUAAACAGCGCAUCCAAAUGUUUGGCUCGCCCUACCGCGGCAUGCUGGACUGCGUGGGCACCACACUCCGCCAGGAGGGUCCGGCGGCCUUUUACCGCAGCUACACCACGCAGCUGACCAUGAACGUGCCUUUCCAGGCGCUCCACUUCAUGACUUACGAGUACCUGCAGGAGGCGCUCAACCCUCACAGACAAUAUAACCCCACCUCGCACGUGGUGUCUGGAGCGCUGGCCGGCGCGCUGGCCGCCGCCGUCACUACGCCACUCGACGUUUGCAAAACACUGCUCAACACGCAGGAAGUGGCUGUCGCGCACGUCCUGCAGGCUGACGUGGGCGGCUCGCCGGCUGUCCGCCGCAUCUCCGGCUUGGGCGAGGCCUUCCGGACGGUGUACCGCACAGGCGGCGUAGCGGCCUUCUUCAAGGGCGUGCAAGCCCGUGUUAUUUACCAGAUGCCCUCCACUGCCAUCAGUUGGUCCGUCUACGAAUUCUUCAAGUACGUCAUCACCAAGCGGCAGCACGAGAAGCGUCUGCGCGGAGACGCCGACAAAUGA